AUGGACUUGUUCCACCUCAACGGCCAGACGUUCAUCCUGGUGGUGGACUAUUAUUCAAGGUUCCCUGAGGUGGUGACCGUGAGGAGCACGACAGCUCAGGCAUUCAUCGACGCUCUCAAAUCCAUCUAUGCCCGCAAUGUAAUCCCCCAAGAAGUCAGGUCAGACAACGGCCCACCGUUCUCGUCGCAAGAGUUCGCGGCGUUUGCAGCGUCAUACGGCUUUAACCACAGGACCAGCAGUCCACACUACGCUCAAUCGAACGGAGAGGCGGAGAGGAUGGUGCGCACUAUCAAGGACCUGUUUCGCAAGUCAAAGGAUCCUUAUCUGGCUCUGCUCAGCUAUAGGGACACUCCAGUAGUCAACGGCUUUAGUCCAGCCCACUGGACUAAUUGCGUUGUGUAA